AUGUACUUACAUAGUUCACUUGUCGAUAUCAAACCAGAGAUUCUUGAUGCGUUAAUGACCAAACAACCCGUUGUUGCUUUGGAAUCAACUAUCAUCACUCACGGUAUGCCUCAUCCCCACAACCUCGAGACAGCUAUUAGUGUGGAAAAGAUAGUUCGAGAACAGGGCGCAUUUCCCGCAACAAUUGCCAUUCUGAAAGGACGAAUCAAAAUUGGAUUAACAGAAAAUGAAUUGGCUGAGUUGGCCGAUCCCAAUACAAAAACCGUUAAAACAUCUCGUCGAGAUUUCGCUUACGUGCUGGGACAACAUUUAAAUGGUGGAACGACCGUCGCUGGUACAAUUAUUUGUUCAGAACUUUGUGGUAUAAAAAUAUUCGCAACUGGUGGUAUUGGAGGCGUUCAUCGAAAUGGUGAAACAACGAUGGAUAUUUCUGCUGACCUGGUUGAAAUGGGACGAAGUUCUGUGGCUGUUAUUUCAAGUGGCAUAAAAUCGAUUCUUGACAUUCCACGAACAAUGGAAUAUUUGGAGACUCAAGGAGUAUUUGUGUCAACAUAUCAAGUGACUGACAAGGAAUUUCCAGCAUUCUACACGAGAAAGAGUGGCGUUAAAGCGCCUUACAAUUUUGUCGAUGCAGAAGACGCUGCAAAAUGUAUUCGUAGAUCUCAUCAACUAGGCUUGAAGUCAGGAAUACUUAUCGGUGUUCCCGUACCGGAUCAACACGCGAUGGACGAGUCAGUUAUAUCGAAAUCAAUAUCCAAUGCUUUGAAAGAAGCGGAACAUGUUGGAAUUCACGGGAAAGAUGUGACUCCAUUUAUUCUUGCUGCAAUUUCAGAGAUAACUGCCGGAAAAAGUUUGCAAACGAAUAUCAACCUUAUAAAGAACAAUGCAAAAGUUGCGGCGCAAAUUGCAGUCGCUUUGGGAGAGAAGCCAACUGCUUUUGACAGCGACGUUGAUUCUAAUUUUCCGAGAAUAAAUAAUUUAGAUAAUCUCAUUCCAGUCAUCGUUGGAGGUUCCAUCAUGGAUAUUCACUAUCGUGUACUUACUGAGAAUCUUCAGGUGA